AUGAUCAACGGCGUCUACUGUACUAUCAAUCCCAGGACUUCGUUGGAACUAAAAAGCAUUAACGACAACAACAAACAAAUCGAUGAAAUUGUUGCCAUGGUGCGAGGCAAACUGUCCAAACAGAACCGAACCACGCUGCAGGCGCUCAUCGUGUUGGCUGUACAUGCGAGGGACGUGUUGGCUGAGCUGAUCAACUGUGGCGUGGCAAGUGAUACGGAUUUCGCCUGGCUCAGUCAGUUGCGCUACUACUGGGAGGGCGACCAACUUCUCACCAGGAUGAUCAACUCCUGCCUCCCGUAA